AGUGUGCUCUGCCUCCGAGGAAAAGCUGCCAAAAUUUUCUCCUGCUGCAAUUCAAGUUGGCUGGGGGCCGGUAGUGAGAUCUAGGGCUACUUCAACAAAACUUUGCUGCCCUUCCUGCUCCUCUUGUCUUCUUUUCUCCUGAUACCUUUUGAUGCUCUGCACAUGUUAUUUGCAUAGCAAAGGCACUAAGCUUUCCAGGAAGAGAGGGCACCACUUCCACCCCCAAUAAGUCUUUUUUCCCCGUCUUUUCUUUCUUUUCCUUUCCUUUUUUGGGGGGUGGGGAGGGAGAGAGGGGGUUUGCAAAGGCAGCAUCUCAGAGUGAUAGCCUAGAUGUAUUGAAGGCAUCUCUUAUUCUGCCAAAUCGGAAAGUCAGUUCUCUAAAGCCCGGGUUAGCCAGACCAUAGGGUUUUAUUCUGGCUGCAGAAUAACUGGCUGGUGUGGCUUUGCAAAGAGGGGCAAAAAAUAAAAAAAAAAAAAAAUUCAAAAAAGUUAGAGAGGAGAGGGAGUACGUGAGUCGUCCAGUGCAAUCUCUAUUGUCUGAAACUUACUUUUUAUCAGAAUUUGAAGAUGAAAACGGUUAAAAAAUGGCCAUACUUUAGUAACUAAUCAGCCUAAUGCUUUGCUUAUGAAAACUUUUACCAUCACUAUUUUUUCAUUUUGGAUUGAGAAAAUGAAUCCAGAUAUAGAAGAAAGUGCAGGAUGUUGGAUAAAAGUGGCUCUUAAACAGUGGAACAUCCAAUAACUAAUUUACAAGAAGUUUUAAAGAAAUUAAAUUGUUAUGCUUCGGUUUUGGUAUGGUAUUGACUCUUUAGCACAUAGGUAGCCCUCAAAAAAAUCAUCCAGUUUUCUAAAUUAUGGAAAUUUUGUGGAAGACGUUGACCUGGAUUUUGAGCCUCAUCAUGGCUUCAUCGGAAUUUCAUAGUGACCACAGGCUUUCAUACAGUUCUCAAGAGGAAUUCCUGACUUAUCUUGAACACUACCAGCUAACUAUUCCAAUAAGGGUUGAUCAAAAUGGAGCAUUUCUCAGCUUUACUGUGAAAAAUGAUAAACACUCAAGGAGAAGACGGAGUAUGGACCCUAUUGAUCCACAGCAGGCAGUAUCUAAGUUAUUUUUUAAACUUUCAGCCUAUGGCAAGCACUUUCAUCUAAACUUGACUCUCAACACAGAUUUUGUGUCCAAACAUUUUACAGUAGAAUAUUGGGGGAAAGAUGGACCCCAGUGGAAACAUGAUUUUUUAGACAACUGUCAUUACACAGGAUAUUUGCAAGAUCAACGUAGUACAACUAAAGUGGCUUUAAGCAACUGUAUUGGGUUGCAUGGUGUUAUUGUUACAGAAGAUGAAGAAUAUUUUAUUGAACCUUUAAAGAAUACCACAGAGGAUUCCAAGCAUUUUAGUUAUGAAAAUGGCCACCCUCAUGUUAUUUACAAAAAGUCUGCCCUUCAACAACGACAUCUGUAUGAUCACUCUCAUUGUGGGGUUUCAGAUUUCACAAGAAGUGGCAAACCUUGGUGGCUGAAUGGCACAUCCACUGUUUCUUAUUCACUACCAAUUAACAGCACACAUAUCCACCACAGACAGAAGAGAUCAGUGAGCAUUGAACGGUUUGUGGAGACAUUGGUAGUGGCAGACAAAAUGAUGGUGGGCUACCAUGGCCGCAAAGACAUUGAACAUUACAUUUUGAGUGUGAUGAAUAUUGUUGCCAAACUUUACCGUGAUUCCAGCCUAGGAAACGUUGUGAAUAUUAUAGUGGCCCGCUUAAUUGUUCUCACAGAAGAUCAGCCAAACUUGGAGAUAAACCACCAUGCAGACAAGUCCCUCGAUAGCUUCUGUAAAUGGCAGAAAUCCAUUCUCUCUCACCAAAGUGAUGGAAACACCAUUCCAGAAAAUGGGAUUGCCCACCACGAUAAUGCAGUUCUUAUUACUAGAUAUGAUAUCUGCACUUAUAAAAAUAAGCCCUGUGGAACACUGGGCUUGGCCUCUGUGGCUGGAAUGUGUGAGCCUGAAAGGAGCUGCAGCAUUAAUGAAGACAUUGGCCUGGGUUCAGCUUUUACCAUUGCACAUGAGAUUGGUCACAAUUUUGGUAUGAACCAUGAUGGAAUUGGAAAUUCUUGUGGGACGAAAGGUCACGAAGCAGCAAAACUUAUGGCAGCUCACAUUACUGCGAAUACCAAUCCUUUUUCCUGGUCUGCGUGCAGUCGAGACUACAUCACCAGCUUUCUAGAUUCAGGCCGUGGUACUUGCCUUGAUAAUGAGCCUCCCAAGCGUGACUUUCUUUAUCCAGCUGUGGCCCCAGGUCAGGUGUAUGAUGCUGAUGAGCAAUGUCGUUUCCAGUAUGGAGCAACUUCCCGCCAAUGUAAAUAUGGGGAAGUGUGUAGAGAGCUCUGGUGUCUCAGCAAAAGCAACCGCUGUGUCACCAACAGUAUUCCAGCAGCUGAGGGGACACUGUGUCAAACUGGGAAUAUUGAAAAAGGGUGGUGUUAUCAGGGAGAUUGUGUUCCUUUUGGCACUUGGCCCCAGAGCAUAGAUGGGGGCUGGGGUCCCUGGUCACUAUGGGGAGAGUGCAGCAGGACCUGCGGGGGAGGCGUCUCCUCAUCCCUAAGACACUGUGACAGUCCAGCACCUUCAGGAGGCGGAAAAUAUUGCCUUGGGGAAAGGAAACGGUAUCGCUCCUGUAACACAGAUCCAUGCCCUUUGGGUUCCCGAGAUUUUCGAGAGAAACAGUGUGCAGACUUUGACAAUAUGCCUUUCCGAGGAAAGUAUUAUAACUGGAAACCCUAUACUGGAGGUGGGGUAAAACCUUGUGCAUUAAACUGCUUGGCUGAAGGUUAUAAUUUCUACACUGAACGUGCUCCUGCAGUGAUCGAUGGGACCCAGUGCAAUGCGGAUUCACUGGAUAUCUGCAUCAAUGGAGAAUGCAAGCACGUAGGUUGUGAUAAUAUUUUGGGAUCUGAUGCUAGGGAAGAUAGAUGUCGAGUCUGUGGAGGGGACGGAAGCACAUGUGAUGCCAUUGAAGGGUUCUUCAAUGAUUCACUGCCCAGGGGAGGCUACAUGGAAGUGGUGCAGAUACCAAGAGGCUCUGUUCACAUCGAAGUCAGAGAAGUUGCCAUGUCAAAGAACUAUAUUGCUUUAAAAUCUGAAGGAGAUGAUUACUAUAUUAAUGGUGCCUGGACUAUUGACUGGCCUAGGAAAUUUGAUGUCGCUGGGACAGCUUUUCACUACAAGAGACCAACUGAUGAACCAGAAUCCUUGGAAGCUCUAGGUCCUACCUCAGAAAAUCUCAUCGUCAUGGUUCUGCUUCAAGAACAGAAUUUGGGAAUUAGGUAUAAGUUCAAUGUUCCCAUCACUCGAACUGGCAGUGGAGAUAAUGAAGUUGGCUUUACAUGGAAUCAUCAGCCUUGGUCAGAAUGCUCAGCUACUUGUGCUGGAGGUGUCCAAAGACAGGAGGUGGUCUGUAAAAGGUUGGAUGACAACUCCAUUGUCCAGAACAAUUACUGUGACCCUGACAGUAAGCCACCUGAAAAUCAAAGAGCCUGCAACACUGAGCCCUGCCCACCUGAGUGGUUCAUUGGGGACUGGUUGGAGUGCAGCAAGACUUGUGAUGGUGGGAUGCGCACAAGGGCAGUGCUCUGCAUCAGGAAGAUCGGACCUUCUGAGGAGGAGACGCUGGACUACAGUGGUUGUUUAACACACCGGCCUGUCGAAAAAGAGCCCUGCAACAACCAGUCAUGUCCACCACAGUGGGUGGCUUUGGACUGGUCUGAGUGUACUCCAAAAUGUGGUCCAGGAUUCAAGCAUCGGAUUGUUCUGUGCAAGAGCAAUGACCUUUCUAAGACAUUCCCAGCUGCACAAUGUCCAGAGGAAAGCAAACCUCCUGUCCGCAUCCGCUGCAGUUUGGGCCGCUGCCCUCCUCCUCGCUGGGUCACAGGAGACUGGGGCCAGUGUUCUGCUCAGUGUGGCCUUGGACAGCAGAUGAGAACUGUGCAGUGUCUCUCCUACACCGGACAGGCAUCUAGUGACUGUCCAGAAACUGUUCGGCCUCCAUCAAUGCAGCAGUGUGAAAGCAAAUGUGACAGUACCCCCAUUUCUAAUACUGAAGAGUGCAAAGAUGUGAAUAAAGUGGCUUAUUGCCCACUGGUGCUGAAGUUCAAGUUCUGCAGUCGAGCAUACUUCAGACAGAUGUGUUGUAAGACCUGCCAAGGACACUGACCCACAGAAAGCCAGAGAGAGUGCCUUGUCAUUUCAUCAUGGAAAUGCAUCCAUCAAAGAGAGCCACCCAGAGGAAGAGAAUUGAUGUCCUUGCAAAUGCAUUACCCUGUGGAAAACGUAACCACUGGUCAGCCCUAGCUGACAAAAUUUCAAUAUUAUUUUAACUUCUGUGAAGUGGGAUUUAUUGAUCCAAAGUGCUGGACACGGUAUUAGGAGGGAAUGCCAGAUUGGAGAGAUCCAAACAACACAGGGAGACUUGCUUACUGUGGAGCGUUUGUGUUCUUUCGAGUAAAUCCAAUAGCCUGUUUACCUCCUUGGACCAUUAAGAUAAUUUUUAUUAUGGACUUAGCAAUGACACUGAAUCCAUUUGUAUUUAAAACUGUUUAAAAUGUAGCUGUUAUGACUUGGUCAACUUUGGAAGUGAAGAAGGUUCAGAAUUCUUAAGUCAUAGCUUAAAAAUAUUUACUGUACUUUAUCUCACUACAACAGCACCACAAUUUAAAUUAUAAAACGGGCUUUGAACUAUAAUUUAAGGAGCAAUUAUAAAUCAAAAGUAAUGAAAGUUUGUAUUAUUUCUCUUCAUUCCACUUAAUUUCCUUAGGAAUAAUCCCCCCGGUUCUGAACACUGCUGUGAGCCAUGUAGAAAACGAUAUUAAACUGAACAAUAAUGAGGGCCGUAGUUUAAAGCAGUGCAUCAGUUACUGCAGCUGUGCGAGUCUAUAAACUCAGUGCUGAAAGACUGUGGCCAACUUGCCAUUGUGCAAGUAAAGCUGAGAUUUCCAUUAAAACUUUAAGAGAAAAACAUUUCAAUUUCAUGCAGAAACCAGACCUGGGGUAUGGUAGAGACCAAAGGACCAGGCUCUUUGCUGCCACCACACAGGAUGCCUUAGUUCUUAUUUGAGUCCCCCCAACUCACUUGUGUUUACAUCCUCUCCAGCCACAGCACGGCUUCUGCCCUUUGGAUUGCUGCACGUGUGUUGAGCUUACUGAGAUGAUACCAUGCAAAAGAUAGACUGGCUCGGUAACCAGGCAGACCCUUUUGCAGUUUGUUGACAAUUACGAUGAGUUCCAGAUGUCCCUUCUUUGAUAUGGUAGAAGGGCAUUUAUUUAUAUGAGAGCAAAUGUGUGUGUGUGUGCGGGCGCUUUUAAGUGUGUGGAUAGAUGAGUGUGCUUGCACAUAAUGUGCUAUUUCUGUGAGUUUUAAAGUAGGCAAGGGAUAAUAACCAAAGAAGAAAAUUUCAUGAAGACUAGACAUCAUAAAGCAUAAUUUUAAUAGUCACUCAACCAAGUAUUUUUUAUUUUUUAUGGAUACUCUGAAUGGCAAUUAAAUGUGAAGCCCAGUUUCUUGGGCAAGUCAAAUUCUGGAAUCAUAUCCACCUAAAUUAAAAUGACUAGCUCGUAUUUUCCCUAUCUUCAAGUUUCACAUCUUGCUUAUCAAAAGACUCGACAGCAAGACUUAGAAUGAAAAAGGGUACUUGUUUAUAUUAAUAUUUUUUACUUGAACACGUGUAGCUUGCAGCAGGUUCUUGAUGAAUGUGCUUUGUGUCCAAAAUGCCUCCCCAUUGUACACAGGUGUACACCAUGCAUGCACCAACACCUAAAACUCAAAACUAAAUGGCUAUUUUGUAAGGUUAAUACUUUCAGUUAAACAGCAUAUUUGACUUGAUUCCAUCAUGGUGCUCUUAAAUUACAUGUCAGUGCAUCACAUAUAUCAUGAUCUAAUGCAGAUGACUAGGCUUUUUCCAAAAGGAAGACGGACCCUCAGACACCAAAAGCCAAUCUAAACUCCCAGGUUUGCUGUGGACAAUCAGCAUGGAAUGUUUUCUGCACUUUCAGUCAUGACCAUCUGUGUCUUGUUACCUGCUUUCUCUCUCAACACCACAGUUCUCAACCCUGAGCCUUCCAGAGAGAGCUAUUGAUGAUACAAGAGGAAUCACCAGGGCCCGGAUCUAAGAUGCCCUUAGAAGACCAGCCCAAGUGCCAUCUUAGCCAUUCAGUGAAGGGCAAACAGCCCAUGGGCAGCAUGGCCCAAGCACUGAAUUCCCUUGGGCCUUUUCAAAGAACAGUUAACUUGGUGCUAAUGUGCCCUGGUGAAAUAAAUAAAAGAUGGGUGGUUUCUGUGGCAUUUUAGGCAUAGGUGUGCAAUCCAGAUCUGAUUUUCUCCAACAUAAAUAUCAGCUCAUGUUCUUAUUUGAAAAAGAUUUAUUACCGACUAAAAGCUAUUUUUUACCUCACCUGGAAACUACCAUUGUGAGGGCCAUCCCCCAGGCACUGCACAGCACCUUAGCUGAUGCUGGAAGAGGGCAGGCAGUGUCACUUCCGGGAUGUGCCCCAGCACUGAGAACAAAAUGCAGGCACCCCCCACCCCGGGGCAGCAUCAGAAUGCCUUUCUAGAGGGAGCCACACACAGAAUGUAACAGGAUGAAACAGUUUCAAGUAAACCUUGAAUUUAAACCUGAGUAGGUUAAAACAAUUCUUUCAUAGCACAUCACAAUACUGCUGCUACUCUGUAGCCACCCCCAUGGCUACAUGAUGCCCUAUUCCUAAAUAAUAACAACAGGAUUGUCAGUGGAGGCUGGGCCACCAUGGCAGACCUUCCAAAAGUAGUGAGCUACAUAGACUACUUAGGGAACCCGGGGGAAACUGGUACCCUACACCUGGGAGCAGUAUCUGCCACUGGGAUAAAGGCCUACUAAAAAAGGAAAGGUAAAUGUACCCUAAUGAUUAAACCCCGUGAGAUACAUAUGAUUUCCAAAUAGUCCAUUUCAUUAGGAACUUUUUUGUUUGAAUGAAUGUCACAUAGGUAUCCUCAGUAACACAGAACGAAAUUACCUUCGUAUUAUCGUGAUUAGUUGUUGCUUAUUAUUUUUUACUCAGUAAUAAUGUGGUACACUGUUAAUUUUUUUGCUUUUGUAAAUUAUAUUCUAAUUUAUUGCCAUGUUUCCUAACACUUGUCCUACAUUCAUUCCCCUGCUUGUAAUGAAAAUGAAAAAAAUCAUUGUAACACUUGAUGGAGUGAAAUUCCACGCCAGGCACAGAAUUUUUUUGACAUAGAUAAUUUAGUAAAAUAAAAAUUCAGCUUAUAAUAAUGA